UCGUGUCGGAAGACCUCGGAAGAGCCCGCAGUGUCUCGGCGCAGCGCAGAGCGGGAGGAGCGGGCUGAACGCUUCCCACUUUCCUUCAUUCUUUGCUGCCAAAGCUUAGACCACGCAUUACAAUGGCUGACCAACUCACUGAAGAACAGAUCGCUGAGUUCAAAGAGGCUUUCUCCCUGUUUGAUAAGGAUGGCGAUGGCACCAUCACCACAAAAGAAUUGGGCACUGUAAUGAGGUCAUUGGGACAGAACCCCACUGAGGCAGAGCUGCAGGAUAUGAUCAAUGAGGUGGAUGCUGAUGGCAAUGGUACAAUAGACUUCCCAGAAUUCCUCACCAUGAUGGCACGGAAGAUGAAAGACACAGACAGUGAAGAGGAGAUCAGAGAAGCCUUCAGAGUGUUUGAUAAGGAUGGCAAUGGUUACAUCAGUGCUGCUGAGUUGCGCCACGUCAUGACAAACCUGGGAGAGAAACUGACAGACGAGGAGGUGGAUGAGAUGAUCAGGGAGGCAGACAUAGAUGGUGACGGCCAGGUCAAUUACGAAGAGUUUGUGCAAAUGAUGACUGCAAAGUGAAGCACUUUUUUUUUUUUUUUUUUUUUUUUUUUACAUUGCCUGUUCUCCUUUUGAUCACUCUGUCUAUAAAAGAGAAAUAGCGAAAAAAAAGAAAACACUUUACUCUCUUAAAAGCUGUAAUCUGGUUCUAAUAAAAAAAUCAACACAUUUUAGUACAGAAAAAAAGAAACAUGUCUGCAUGAGCGCUCUCUAAGAAGCCUGAUUCCCAAAGCAACCCUUUGAAAAUGAGUAAGUAUUGACAGAACCAGUGACGGAGACCGGUUUUUCAUUGAACCAAGGCCAGCUUAACAUCCUGAGCAUUUUCUGUUUUGUAACAAUUAACGGAGCAGCUAGCAAGACAACUAUAACAGUUUAAAACCAGUAAAUACAAACCCUUGCAUGCUCUUCUUCAGGCGGUUCCGUAUUGUUACAGUGGAGGCCUUGCUGCGGCUUAUGGAGUCCUGGUUUGUGUAAAGAUGGUGGGGUUAUGUAUACAUGCAUAGUUAUAAAGUAACUAAGGUGUUGAGGUUUGAGAUCAUAUGUAUAUUAUGGCUGGGGGCUGCACUGAAAUGUAAAGCAGGGUAUGGAAUUGAUAUAGAGCACUAGGUGGAGGGGGGGCGGUCCUAUUACUGCAGAAUCGGUGUAGUUAUGCAAUGCAUUUAUUCAUUUAGGAAUACAUUUUAAUAGUUAAUGCAUUACACUCUUAGGUGGCAUUGCUGUAUAUACUUAAUUUGCAAAAUGUACAUGUAAUGCUUUAACAUGCAUUAUAUAUAAACACAAGAUGUGUUGAUGUAAACUUUUUGUGCAACAAUAGUGUUUACCUAAUAUGGUAUGGCCUGUGACAAGUCGUUUUUUUUUUUUUUUUAUAAAUGUGCCAUGAAGCUCAAGAUCCAUUUAACUUACACAAGACAACUUGCAGAAAAAAGUUAUAUAUUUACAAGAAUCAAAUCUUAACAUGUAGUUGAAAACUAAAUGGCUCUGAUGUGUCUUUGCCCUGUUUCUUUUGCCCUAAAGCUGUAGUAGAAGUGCUACAUAAUUUAUUCCAUGCUCUGCUGUUGUAUGAUUGAACUAAAAGCUUGGAGUUGGAGGGUUUGGUGAACGAGUUCCCCUGCGGAUGAGUGUUCAGAAUGAGGGUUUGAACAGCUUUUGUCUUUUUUUUUUAUUUGCUGUAAGAAAAAAACAAAGUUUUUAAAUCUUCCUUUCUCUGAUCUCGGUGGUCUUAAAGGAGUUUACUCCUGUUUUGAGAUUCCUGAAAAAAGUGCAAGCAGCUUGUUUUUGCAAGGCAGGCUAUGGGGGGAAUAAAAGACUUGGGUAUGGCCGUUUUGAAUCUGUUUAAGUUAUGUCCAAUCUAAGCUGUGAAAUAUCAUUGUUUUCCAAUAAAAAUAAUUUACUACCUGA